GUCGACAGUGAAAGUGAAAACUAACUUGUCAGGGGAUUUGCCGUGUUGUAUUUAUACUUGUCAAUUCAUUUUCAAUCAUUAGUUACAAUUCGCUCAGCAGAUUGUACAGGUGAGUUGGGAUAAAUGGGAAGUGGGUGUUCUUCAUCAAUGGAGCCUGUGGGAGCUAUGAGUAAUAUUUGGGAUGCUGCAGAGGGAUCGUUGGACAACUGCUCAGAGGAGGAUUAUGACUGUCCCAUAUGUCAGGAUGUCCUGAAAACCCCCAUCAGGACCAGGAACUGCAGACAUGUGUUCUGUAAAAACUGCUUCCGCCUGGCUGUGAGGGCCCAGGGGCCACACUGUCCCCUGUGCAGGGGCCCUGUAUCGGAGACUGAAAAGAGAGCAAUAGAUGUCCAGCAGCAGAUGAGGGAGAGGAAAGGACAGUGCAGGGCCUGUGGUACUACGAAGUUUCUCAGCAAGAUGAGGGUUCACUACAAAAGCUGCAGGAAGUACCUUGAGGAGUAUGGCACCCCUCUUGACGCACCACCCCCACCAGUCACACCAACGCCUCAGGAAGUCAGCCGUAUAUCUGUGGAUACGAUCCACAUGACUGGGAUUCUACCAGGACAGCCCACACAAACACAUAUGUCUGAAUUGGUUAGGCCCAGAGUGUUGACAUUGGGCUUCCUGGGAGGAAGGGUGUACUCCUGCCCAUACUGCCCCCUGCAGGGUCUCACAGACAUGAGACUGGUCCAGCACUGUGUCGGCAGCCACACAGGAGAGAAUGCUCCAGCUGUGUGUCCCAUCUGUGCUGCCACUGUUUGGGGCAAUGCUAGUUACUGCAGCCGAAACCUCAUCGGUCACCUGGCUAUCAGGCAUUGUUUCAGCUAUGACACCUACAUGAAUGUAGGGGAGGACGAUUACACCCAACUCUGCCUUGCCAUUCAGCAGUCACUGCAGUAAGGCACCGGCAUCACAGAGUGACAACAAGGCCCUAAGAGAGCUACACAUUAUGUUCCAACACAAUACAUACCUCUUCAACCGCUCCUUGCAACAUCUAUGAUGUCUAUGAUGUUACUUAUUGUAUCGUAUGUUCCUGGAAAGCAAUUGCAUAUCCCUUUUUGCUUCUUUGAGUUAUUUUUCUGUAUUCCAUUUUCAUUCCACUUUCACACUUGUCCAUUACAGUAGGUCUAGUCCUUGGUGGGUUCUUCAAGUUAACACCAUUGAAGUGAAUCACUUUCCCAGCAACAUGUUUUAUGGACAUAAUGGGUGUGCUUUGAAAAGAUACUGAGAAUUCAAGGCAAUUUGAAAGUAAAUUGAAGAUGAACAAUGUGUAGUAGGCUAUGAUACAUUUUCUCACCAUAGCCCUUAACAAUUCCAGGUUGGUUAGGAAUUGUACAAUAGAGUGUGUGAUUAUGUACAGUUAGUCAGGCAGAUCUAUGUAAAGGUUCUACUCAUGAAAUUAUGUUCACAGACAAGUUUAGCUGUGGGGCAUCUAAUGCUCAUAGAACAUGGAUCUGUACUGAGUGGACAAAACAUUAGGAACACCUCUUUCCAUGCCCUAGGCUGACCAGGUGAGUACAGGUGAAAGCUAUGAUCCCUUAUUUCACCUGUUAUAUCCACUUCAAUCAGUGUAGAUUAUUUGAUUUGGAACGCUUGUAGUCAUAAUUUGGACUAAUCUUCCUUAAACAUUAAAAUACAAUUUAUAAUAUGAUCACAUUUUCACAUAUAACACACUGUUACAAACAACAGACGUAAUACACUGACAUAUUGACCAGAUAAAUACUCUAAUAGAAUGAUUCCUUCAUCUACCAUAGUCCUACACAACCUUACGGUUUAUUGUAUUUAAAUGGUUCUAAAGUAUUAAGAGGAGGAAGGGAAGCGCUACUAAGGGACACAAUAGUACAUUUUGGUAGACAGAAGGUGCUCUUUGGUCAAAGGGGUGAAUUAGUCAUCAAAAAGAAAGGAGGACCAAUGCGCUCUUCAUAUAAUUAAUUAAAAUGCCUUUAUUUGUAUGGCAUGUUCAAUAGAAACAAAGUUUUAAAAAUCCGACGUGUUUCGCAUGCAUGGCCUUCGUCAGGGAGUACAAAGAAAUAAUACAAUGUCCUCUUUAAAACAGCUUCUCCAAUUCGCCCUAAUUUUAAGAGGGCGUGGUUACAAAAUUGAUUGGACACACCUAGUAAGCAAUACUAUACAAAUUAAAAAGUGAAAUACUGUAGCUAUGUUAUCAAAAAAUUGAACUCCAAGCUAGAAGUAUCAGAAUGCCUAGAAAGGUAGUUCUAACCUUAAAUAUGACUGGGAGAAGUGUCAAGAUUAAGAAAGCAAUAUAUUCCAUAGUACACUAGAACAUAGCAAACAUGAACAACAACAGUCUAAACAUAGCUGAGGGCAAUUUACCAAAAUGUCCACUAGAUGACAGCAAAUGGACCUAUCACGACCCUACAGGAAGGGUGAGAAAUCCAUAUCUUCAUUUAAACCAGGGUACUUAGUGGCCUGUAGUUUGUAAAUCCAAAAACUUUCCCUUUGGUUUAACUGUUAAAGACGGUACCCUUUUCUAAUUGAGGCCGGAACAUGAUCAAUACCCAUAGCUUGUAGGGAGGCAGGGCUGCCAUGGUGUAAGGACUUGUAGUGCCUUGCCAUGGUGUAGUCUUCAUUGCCUACCCGUAUGGCGUACUUGUGUUCCGCUAAGCGGUCUUGAAGGCGUCUCUUUGUCUGUCCAAUGUAGAACACCUUGCACUGUGGACAUUCCAAUCUAUAGAUGACAUGGGUGGUUUUGCAGUUAAUGAAAUGCUUGACGUAAUACUCCAUUUUAGAAGCUGUGUCAACAAAAUACUUUUUCUGUGCAAUAUUUCUGCAAUGGUUGCACUGGUUACAUUUAAAAGAGCCCUUGGGUUUGUGGUCAAGCCAAGUUUCUGAGAGUCACCAGGAAGACAGCUGUGGACUAAUUUGUCAUUUAGGGUAGAACAUCUCUUAAAGCUUCUGACUGGUGGCUCAGGGAAGACUUGGCGUAGUAGCGUUUCACUUUGGAUGAUUCCCCAAUUAUUUUUAAUGAUUCUUUUAAUGUUCUCUGCUUCAGUGCUGUUUUUUGUAACAAAAUAUACUCUCUCUGAUGUAUCACGAGGCACUCACCUUUGCAACAAGUUCUCUCUGUCAAGUAUUCCAGCCCUGCAUCUUUCAGGACCUAAACAUGCCAUACAAAUAAAGGCAUUUUAAUUAAUUAUAUGAAGAGUGCCUGGUCCUCCUUUCUUUUUGGGUUCUAAAGUAUUGUUUGAAUUUAUAUAUUGAAAGUUUUCUGGUUUGCUCAGACAAAUUAUUCAAUUUGUUAUUGCUCUGAAUCGAAAUGUUAUUCUGCCAAUUUAACUUUUCUGCCGGGAUAACACAUAGACGGUGGACAAUCUAUUCUUAGUAUUGACUGAAUGUCUUUCUCUUACCAACUGAAUACUGUUGUGAAUGGAGUUUGGCCGUUUUAAAUUAUGUACAUUGUGAAAUAAAAUAAGCAUGUUUUUUUCAAUUAUCUUAUUGAUUAAUGACCAAGCAAGAGCACUGUGCAUGACAACAGCAGCAUAAUCAUAUCUCCACCUUAAAACAAUCCUUGCUGCUUUGUUCUGUUCAGUUCAAUCUGCAGCAUCCUACUUUCACUUGCUGAUGCAUUUCCAGAGACCAUAGAACAGUAGUUCACCUGACUCCCAAUUAAUGCUUGGGUUGUUUGCUUAAGAAUCUUUCCCAGUAAAUAUUUAGGUAUCCUUCUGAUCAUGCAUACAGUAAAAAAAAAUUAAAACAAGGAUUAGUUAUUUGAGACGACCAUGAUAAGCAGUUGUCUAGCUGCACCCCAAGUAGUUUGGUUUCUGACACUUCCUCAAUUUGUACUCCCCCCAUACUUAAUUGCAUCCCAUGCUGUGUUGGCCUUUUCCUUGUGGAACAAACCAAUAUAACCUUGGUUUUCUUGGUGUUCCAAAAUAUUUUUUUUCUGGAAAACCCACUCCCUAAAAUGUCCAAAAUCUACUUGUAGAGCUUGCUGUACCCUUUGAACCGAUUGUCUUGCUGUAUAAAUUGUAGUAUCAAAUAUAGUAGCUUGAGUUUCAGAUAAGGCAUAAGGAAGGUUGUUGGUAUUUAUUAAGUAAAGAAGUGGCCCAAGGCAGCUGCCCUGCGGUAUUCCACAAUUUAAAGCAUGAGAGGAAGAAAACAACCCAUUGAUAUAGGUGGACUGUUUCCUUUCAGUUAGAUAUGACUGUACCCAAUUCAAUGCUGCCUUCUUAAACCCAUAAUGCAACAAUUUUGUACAAAUUAUUUCAUGAUCCACUAAAUCAAAUGCUGUACAAACAUCCCCAAAAUAGUACACCCACAAACCUGCCGUUAUUCAUAGCAUUGAGCCACUGGUCAGUCAUGUCAACAAUGCAGUGGUAGUGGAAUGUUUUUUGCGAUAAGCAUGCUGAUUGGCUGUGAUCAGAUCAUUCUUUUCCAUAUACUCCCAUAUUUGGGGCGGCAGGUAGCCUAGUGGUUAGUGUUGGGCCAGUAACCAAAAGGUUGCAAGAUCAAAUCCCCGAGCUCAUAAGGUAAAAAUCUGUCGUUCUACCCCUGAACGUUCUGUCCCACUGUUCCUAGGCUGUCAUUGUAAAUAAUAAUUUGUUCUUAACUGACUUGCCUAGUUAAAUGAAGGUUAAAUAAAUAAAAUAUUUGUCUACUCACAAUAACUUCCAAUAUCUUACUGAGUGAAGGGAGUAGACUAAUUGGUUGACUAUUGGCAAGAGUAAUGGGUUCUUUGCUGUCGGGAUUGUACACAGUUUAGCAUGCUUCCAUACAUUUGGAAAUGUCCCCCUUUCCAGUGACCAAUUAAAUAUGUAUUUCAGUGGAGCUGCAAUCUGGGGAGCAGCAUAGUGAAGUAAAAAAUUGAAGGGGUGGAGAGAAGUUAAAGAUGGAUUUUUAAGCCUUGCUAACUUUUGAGACAUGGAUUGUGUAUGUGUGCAAUUGCGGGUGAAUGGGCAAGACAAUAUAAUUAAGUGCCUUUGAACGGGGUAUGGUAGUAGGUGCCAGGCGCACCGGUCUGAGUGUGUCAGGGUACUGCAACGCUGCAGUUUUUUUUCUCCCACACUCAACAGUUUCCCGUGUGUAUCAAGAAUGGUCCAGCACCCAAAGGACAUCCAGCCAACUUGACACAACUGUGGGAAGCAUUGGAGUCAACAUGGGCCAGCAUCCCUGGAAUGCUUUCUUCAUCUUGUAGAGUCCAUGCCCAACGAAUUGAGGCUGUUCUGAGGGCAAAAGAGGGUGCAACAUAAAAUUCGGAAGGUGUUCCUAAUAUUUUGUAUACUCAGUGUAUAUAAUAGAGGCUAUUGCAGCACUUAUCAACCAAACAGACUGUUAUCACAAGCACUUUUGUCUCCCUUGAGGUUCCCAAUAACUGCCAGUGUGAUAUGCUUGUUAGCAACUGUCCUGCCAUACUUGUUGCUUUAUUUAUGUAUGUCUGGUGUUAGACAAAUCAUAUAGCUAAAUUGGCAAACUAUUAGUAAUGCUGUCAAUCUGGUGGUAAAGGUUGUAAAGUAUAGAAAUAUACAUUUUCAUAUCGUCUUGUCACAGUCAGUAUGAGUAUAAGUAUUGAUAAUUGCAAUGUAGGUUGUCAAGAUAGUCAAACGCCCUUUUCACUGUUCAUAACGAUCUGACACUUUUUAAUGACUAGACAUGAUUAAACAUAACUAAAUGUUUCCCUGUUUUAGCUCUCAUAAAACACAACGGUUUGAGCUUUGUGAACAAUAAUGAUGCAGUGUGAUUUCAAAUGUGAUUGUUCAAGUGUAUUUUGAUAUUUUUGCAUUAAACACUUACUUCCCUCAAA